GCAUUUUCUGAGUCUGUCCUCCACUUUACUUCUUCUCAUCAGUCUCUUAACUAUGUUACCAUAUUAGCCAGGUAUUAUAGCUCAAGGAUCAAGAAGAAGAUGAGAUGAGAUCCAAAAGAAGUUUUUUUAAAGAGUCCAUCAUCAAAAUCCCAAUACUGAUAGAUCAGUCAAUCCCAUCAGUCAAAUCAAAUCAAACACCAACAAAGUGAGAGAAAAGGAGAGAGAGAGAAAGAAAGAGAGAAAAGCAAGAAAACAGAGAUAGAAAUUAAGAAUAGAUAGAAAGAUAAAAGAGAAAGAGAGAGAGAGAGAGAGAGAGAGAUAGAAAGAGCAGAAUCAACAAAAAAAUGUCGGCCUCGUCCGCUGCCUUUUCACCGGACCACCUCUCCCCUUCCGACCAGCUCUGUUACGUUUAUUGCAAUUUCUGCGACACUGUCCUCGCCGUUAGUGUUCCUUCGGACAGUCUCUUCAAGAUUGUCACGGUCCGAUGUGGUCACUGCAGCAACCUUCUCUCGGUCAACAUGCGUGGACCGCUUCUGCCUGCUGCGCCAAAUCAGCUCCAUUUCGGCCAUGCUUUCUUAGCUCCUCAACAUCUUCUGGAGGAUAUCCGGAGCCCUCCACUGAAUAAUCAUCUGAUCAAUCAGCCAAACCCUAACGAUUUGGUUAUGCCAAUCCGCGGAAGAACGGAAGAGAUCCCUAAGCCUCCGGUUGUUAACAGACCUCCGGAGAAGAGACAGAGAGUACCAUCUGCUUACAACCGCUUCAUUAAGGAUGAGAUCCAACGUAUCAAAGCUGGAAAUCCAGAUAUAAGCCACAGAGAGGCCUUUAGUGCUGCUGCAAAGAAUUGGGCCCAUUAUCCUCACAUCCACCUCGGACUAAUGCCUGAUCAACCCGUGAAGAAACCAGUUAUACGCCAGGAUGCUGACGACAUGCUUAUGAAAGAUGGAUUUUUCAGUACUGCUCCAGCUGCCAAUGUUGGCGUCUCUCCCUACUAAUCAUGUGCAUUUCUUUAAGUUUCAAAUCAAACCUUAGGGCUUUCUUAUGCUAUUUAUUAACUAUAAAGUACUAGUAGUACUGUUAGGAACUUGUACUGAUUACAACUAUUGUCUUUGCUUGCUAUGUUAUAAUUAAUAUUAACCGGUAAUUUCAGUACUAGUUACAACACUGUUACAUUAAUGAUCAGCAAUAUGUUUGAGGCACACCUUUUUUUACCA